GGUGCGCUGUGUCCCUCUGACACAGCUGAUCACCGAUCAAUGGAAAGAGCCGAAGAUGUUUGCUUGGUCAUGUGAUCAGCGGUGUCCAAUCACAGCUACCGAAGGGACAUGUACAGUGUGCCCUGAUGAUCUGUGUAGUCCCAGCAGUGCCACCUGUCAGUGCUCAUCCAUGCCACCUGCCAGUGCCCAUCAGUGCCAAAUCAAUGCCACAUUUCAGUGCCUACCAUUGCACAUCAAUGCCACAUAUCAGUGCGCCUUUGAGCUGCCUUUCAGUGUAACCCAUCAGUGCCACCUAUCAAUGCCAGUCAGUGCCACCUAUCAGUGCCACCUAUCAGUGCCAGUCAGUGCCACCUAUCAGUGUGCAUCAGUGCCCGUCAGUGCCACCUAACAGUGCCAGUCAGUGCCACCUAUGAGUGCCGCCUGUCAGUGCCAUAUAUAAGUGCUGCCUUUCAGUGCCCAUCAGUGAUGCCUGUCAAUGCCCAUCAGUG